UCGCCCUGGCGACGGUUUCCCAGCUCCGUGCUGCAGCCCGGCAGGCCGUCCCACGCCUGGGUCAAGAAGCCCUGGCCAUGGCCAGGUCGACCGGGCUGUCCUUUUCUGUGGGCGACGGGGCGCCUGAAACGGAGAAGAGCUCAGGGGAGCCCGAGAACACCUACAUUCUGCGACCCAGUUUCCAGCAAAGGUUCAGACCCUCUGUGGUUAAAGACUGUAUCCAUGCGCUGCUCAAGGAGGAACUGGCAAGUGUGGAGUAUUUUCCAGAAGAAAUGCCUCAGCUCACAAAACAGUUAUCAGAAACCAUUAAGGAUAAAUUAAAAGAAAUGGGAUUUGACCGAUAUAAAAUGGUGGUGCAAGUAGUGAUUGGCGAACAAAGAGGUGAAGGAGUAUUCAUGGCUGCUCGCUGCUUCUGGGAUGCUGACACGGACAACUACAUUCAUGAUGUUUUCAUGAAUGACAGUUUAUUCUGUGUUGUUGCGGCAUUUGGCUGUUUCUACUAUUGAAUCCUUGAAAAGCUGGGAAAAGAUACGACCAUGAAGAAAUAUGAACCUUUUUCUGUUGUUCAAUAUCUUGACGAAAUAAAGAUAAGCUGGCAGUCUG